GCACGCGCACCUUAAGGGUUGGGGGCGCAACUAUCAAAUUGGCGAAGAGGAAAGACCACCGUGUCUUCUCAAUGAGAGGAAUCACGCUCUUUCAGUCUCAUUUUCAUUGUCUUCUUGUUCAGCUUUUUCAGUCUUAAUUAUUCACACUCACAUUAAUGAUUUCACCACCAUUUCUUUGACCCCCAAUUUUCUGACCCAAAAAUAUUUGCCAAGAGGAGCUUCACCCUCUCUCUCUCUCUCUCUCUCAUCCAGAGAGCUUCAAUCGAAGACGAUCCAGGUCAGUCUCUUGAAGUUCAUGGGCAGUUCGACGAAGGACAACUCUGAAGAUUCAGAGAUGAGUGACACUGAAGUGGAGGAGUAUGCAGAGAAAUCUUACGAGGAGCUAAAGAAUGGAAAACAUCAGGUGAAAGUUUCAGAUGAGACUUUCAAUUGCCCAUAUUGCCCGAAGAAGAAGAAGCAAGGAUAUCUUUAUAAGGAUAUACUCCAGCAUGCUUCUGGGAUUGGAAAGAGUACUUCAGACAAAAGAAGUGCACAAGUAAAGGGUAAUCACUUGGCUUUGGCAAAAUUUUUGGAAACAAAUCUAGCUACUGGAGCUAGUCCUUCGAAACCCACAGAACAUAUUGCUGUUGAUGUUAAUAAUUGUGACAAUGGUGAGAAGUUUGUGUGGCCUUGGAUCGGGAUAGUUGUUAAUCUUCCCACUAGGCAGGCUGAUGAUGGGCGUUAUGUUGGAGAAAGUGGGUCCAAACUGAGGGAUGAAUUCACUAGGAGAGGGUUUAAUCCCAUAAGAGUCCGUCCUUUGUGGAAUUACCGAGGUCACUCAGGGACUGCUCUAGUAGAAUUUAAUAAAGGCUGGCCUGGUUUGGAAAAUGCUCUAUCAUUUGAGCGAGCCUAUGAGACUGAUCAGCAUGGUAGAAAGGAAUGGUUAGCCAAUGAUGAUCAAAAAUCUGGUCUCUACGCCUGGGUUGCACGUGGAGAUGACUAUAAAUUGACAAACAUAGUAGGGGAGCACUUAAGGAAGAUUGGAGACCUUAAAAGCAUUUCUGACAUUAUGCAGGAAGAGGAUGUGAAACAGUCUAGACUUGUAUCGACUCUUACACAGAUCAUUGAGAUGAAAAACGAACAUAAGAAAGAAAUGUCUAUUAAGUGUAUGGAAACCACUAUGUCCUUUAACCGUUUGGCGGAAGAGAAAGAUAAGCUCCUUCAAACGUAUAAUGAAGAGAUUAAAAAGAUUCAAUCAAGUUCACGAGAUCACCUUCAGAAAAUUUUUAACGACCACGAGAGAGUUAAGUCUCAAUUGGAAUCUCAAAAAAAGGAGCUUGAGUUGCGUCGCACAGAAUUGGAGAAGCGUGAUGCAAAUAAUGAUAUUGAAAGGAAAAAGCUCACUGAGGAGAUUGAAAAGAAUGCCAUAAAAAAUAGUUCUCUUGAAAUGGCUGCUUUGGCACAACAGAGGGCUGAUGAAAAUGUGACUAAACUGGCUGAUGAUCAGAAGAGGAAAAAGGAGGAGCUUCACAAUAGAAUAAUUGAACUGGAAAAGAAGCUGGACGCAAAGCAAGCACUUGUAUUAGAAAUUGAAGGACUACGAGGUAAAUUAAAUGUUAUGAAACACAUGGGAGAUGAUGAUCUAGAAGUUCUAGGAAAGGUGGAAGCAAUACACAAAGUUCUGAGAGAGAAGGAAGGAGAGUAUGAAGAUCUAGAAGCUUUGAAUCAAACUCUAAUUAUUAAGGAGCGGAAGUGCAAUGAUGAGCUUCAGGAAGCUCGUAAAGAAAUGAUUAGUGGCUUGAAAGAAAUAUCAACUCGUGCAUUAAUUGGUGUGAAAAGAAUGGGAGAAUUAGAUAGUAAACCAUUUAUGGAAGCAAUGAAGAGAAAGUAUAAUGAGGAAGAAGCAGAAGAUCGAGCAAUGGAGCUGUGCUCAUUAUGGGAGGAAUAUCUUAAGGACCCAGACUGGCAUCCUUUCCAAGUUAAAUUGAUUGAAGGGAAACAUCAGGAGCUGAUCAACGAUGAAGAUGAAAAAUUGAAAGGUCUGAAGAAGGAACUGGGUGACGAAGUUUUCAAAGCUGUGACAUCAGCUUUGAUUGAGAUAAAUGAAUACAACCCGAGUGGGAGGUAUAUAACCUCAGAACUGUGGAACUAUAGAGAAGGAAGGCGAGCUACUCUAAGGGAGGGGGUUGAACAAAUGCUUAGGAUGUGGAGAUCAAAGAAACGCCUGAAAGAAGAUGAGUGAAGAUGAAAUAUUAAUAAUGUUCCUGAAUGCUGGAAUAGAAGGAAGGAAGACAUGAGCAGCCUCCACUCCAUGUCGUUUGGCGGUCACAUAUUUUAGUUUUCAGGCAUCUAUUUUCUGUGUAGCAUAUUAGGUGCAGAUUUCUGAAUCUGUGGAACUGACUUUGUGCCAAGCAAUCCUGCUGCUGUACGUGCAGGAAUAGACGUGGUUGGAAAACCUGUUUCACCAUCUACUCAUAAGUGCAUUCUGGAAUUUGGAGUAAAUCAUGGGAUUUCUUUUUAAAA